AAGGUCUCAUUCAUGGCUGCGAAAACUGUCUCAAUAAGCUGAAGUCACUCCUGGAUAAGUUUCAUCCCUUGAACCGCCGUCACGAUCCGAGCAUGUGGGAUCGAUACAAGUGGGCAAGCAGUGGAAAGGCGGAGGUAGCAGAUGUGUUGGCCGAUCUGAUGCUCUCUACGACGCUGCUCAACACCUUCAUGCAUGGAGAAACAUGGGGAGGUCUUGGGGAUAUUGAAAAUAGUAUCGAAGAGUUCAGAGCCAUGCUUGCUAGGCUGCCGCAGACGCCCACCAAGAACUCUUCACGCCGGCGCAGCCUUUCUCUUUCUCAUGUCGGCCGCUGUUCGAUUGCUAGUCUCGCGAUUGCCAAACUCAGAAGGAAAGUUACACGCCGAAGACGACUCGCAAGAAAGGCUUCUCCAGGGCGACACAGCGGUGCGACAAAGUUGGGCAGGAGCGUCCCGAAACCUACGACCACCAUAAAGAAGUCGAGUAGAAGCGCUCCAAGACCUACGACGCUCACUCGAAUGAAUACGGGAUUGGUGACUAAUCAGCAACGGAACAACCGCCUCCAAUCCUACCUUAGCAAUCUCCCUAAACACACUCCCCCUGCCAGCGUCGCGCACUACCAAUGCUGGAAAGUUGGGAAGGGUAGCUACGCUUUCGGGGGGUUUCGGCACUUAAGCAUACCAAGCACCGGCGGGGACAGCAGCAACUGAAAGAGAUGGCAAGAUUGUUUCAGGAAUCUUCGAGUAUAGGACGGAACCAUGUUAGCAGUGAUGAUGCUAGGGUCAAAUUCAUGUUGAAAGCUAGGCAAAAGGCCGUGAAGGAAUAUAGAUGGUCGUUCGUGGCGGGGAGGACGUUAUAUCGUGAUGCUUCGAAGACGAGGAUGGUGUUGUAUGAGA